AUGUCUCCCUCUGCAACUAUCUUCAACAAAAAUCUAGAGCACGAAAAAGUCAAACCCUCAAAUGCCUAUCGGAAUACAGUCACCUCACGAGUUCUUUCCAUUAAAUUUGAUAAACAAUCACGUGAAGAUUAUAUUAAAAAUUUAAAGAAAAGAAAAGACAUUAAUCGACUCAUUGGAAGAGAGCAACAAAAACGACAUGAAGAAAAAUUAAAAAAAGAAAGAAAAUUAGAAAAGAGAUUACGAGAUGAAGAAAUGUUGAGAUCUCUCAAUAUAGAUCCUGAUCAAUUUAAAGGAAAGAAUAAAAGAAAUGAAUAUGAACAAUUAUUAAAGAAACAAAAAAAGAAAGAAGAAGAAGAAGAAGGAUUUGCAUGGAGUCAUUCGAAAUUUGUGGUUGAUUUAGAUGAAUUAAAACAUAAUCAAGAUGAAAAGAAAUUGAUUGAAGAGAAUUCAACAAGUGAUAAAGAAGAAGAUGAUAAAGAAGAAGAAUAUGAUAGUGAAGAAGAAUCUGAUGAUGAAAAUAGUAAUGAUGAAGAAGAGAAUACUUAUUCUGCAAAAUCUAAAAGUUAUUCUCUAAAAAAAGAGAAUGAAACAUCAAAUCAAGACAAUGACUCUGAAUUCGAUCACAACAGUGUUACAGUUUCUGUUCAACCAUUUAAUUUCAAUUCAGGUAAUUUUGAUAGUGACUCCACAAGUGAAGAGGAUUCUGAUGAUGAUCAUGAUGAUGAACAAGAUGCUCAACAACAACCAGUCAAAUCCAUUCGUCAACAAAUUCUUUCUCUCAAACCUCAUGAGCUUAAUAAGAAAAUUAUUGAAAUGCAAAGAGAACGGAAAAAAGAAAAGAAAAAGAAAACUCCUGCAAAACUGAAAUCAGAGUUGAAAAAGAAAAAGAAAAUUAUGAAAGAAAAGAGAGAAAAGAAGGUAUUGAAAAGAAAGAGAAAAUAA